AAAGCCAGCAUCGAGACUUGAAGGUCAAGCCUAACUGCAAUCACUCGGAGAUCGUACAUCUUUCCUGGGUUUAAUUACCAGAUUUCUAGCAAUUGAUCAUGAAGACCCGUCAGUCCUUUAUAAUUCUGCUGCUGGUUAUUUGUGCAUCACUGGCUGUUAACAGUCAGUCUUAUAAUGACUUCAAACGCAAGCAUCUGGCUCCAGCUGGCAUGAAAGAAGAUGACUGCACCACUCUGAUCGUCACAGAGAGAAAAAUAAAAGAAAAAAACCAAUGCAAAAAAAUAAACACCUUUAUACUUGAAACAGAGGACAAAAUUAAAGGUGUUUGUAACACACCAGCGACAGAUGGAAAGAAUCAUAAGGGCACUGGCUUUACUGUGAUUAACUGCACCAAAAUAGAAAACAUAAUUGAUUGUAAAUAUAAUGGUGUUAAACGAACUACUGACAUUAUUUUGACAUGUGAAAAUAGACUGCCAGUCCAUUAUGGACGUUCCAACAAUUCUUAAGGCUAUAUAUAUAUAUAUAUAGCAUUGUAUAACUUAAAUUUACUUCCCCAUUACGUUAUUUCUUUAUUUCUAUAUUUUCCACUGGGGUUGUUUCAGUGCAUUAGUGUCUUGGUUAGAUCUGUCAAUGUCUUGUAGCCAGUAUGGCAAAAACAAUGGAAAAGGAGAGAAUAAAAUGUCGUCGUUGAGAGUUUGUACAAAAACAGACAAGAAAGAAGGAGAAAUUAAAGAAUGAUUUUUAUUUGCCACCUGUGCUAAAACCCCCUUAAUAAAAGUUUCUACCAGCAUUAAA